AUGUCCUGCAGUGGUCCUACCGUCUACGAGACAUCCAUCAAUGAAUUCAAGACAGCUGUCAUUAUGCGAAACAAACCUCGCAGCCGAUCUGCCCCACCAUUUUCGACUCCCGAUUUUGGAGUAGGCUGGGAGCUCAGAGAAGACGGAUACGAACUUGAAGAUCUGCAGAUGGAUUCCGCUGAUCUAGCAGAAUUUUCAACUAUCGAAAUCUUCAUAGAUUAUCAUCCUAGGUCAAUGUAUUGGGUCGACAACGACAAGGUGCUCAAGUUGUUUUCUUACUUGAUCGAUGUUUCUGUCAUAGUUGCGAACAUGAACCUAGCACGCACCAGAAUUCCCGUUCCCCGGGUACUACGCUAUGGACAAUCGGGAAACUGCUCGUAUAUCUUGAUGGAGAGGAUCCCAUAUCCCAACCUCGAGGUCGAAAUGCAACGAUUAGGGAUAAAGUCUAUGCCAUGGGGGUUGACGCGCGCGCAUAGUCCGAACGUACUCGUGGAUAACAACGGAAUGAUAGUCUCCAUCAUUGACUGGGAUCCUUCUACUCAACAUCACCGAGGUGGCGAAUAUGCCAGAAAGAUCAGAGAGCUCUCAUAUUUCAAGGACAUUGCAGAGGAGGACUGGUAUCAUAUCUUUCUGCGAUACGCGCCAGACCGUACAGGAGAGGAAAUUAUGAUUGGUUGCAGCAAAUGGCACUCUAAGCUGGGACUACAGUGGCCGUUAGUGAAACGCAAAGCUUCUCAGCUCGUUUCCUCUCCUGGUUUAGAUCCUCGAAACCAGUCGUUUUCGCGACAGAAGAUUCAUCCAAUUACCGUCGAACCAGUGGAUGCGACAUUUCAUCCCACGCACAUUAGAGAUUCAGCUUUCCCAAACAUCAGUACAGUGUGA